CUGCGCACCGAUGGCGCCGCUGUGAACCCGGCCCCGGCGGGGGAGGAGGUGGAGCCGCCGCUAGAGCGGCCAGGGGGCGGGACGGUACCGGCCCCAAUCGGAGGAAGCCGGAAGCCAGGCCCCGGGUGCCGCUCUGUUGACCCCAGACUCUCUCUGGCGCCAGUUGCAGCCCGAGGCCUUCUUCCUGCCUGGGUUCUGCGUAUUCCUGCCUAGGCUCUGUCCCCGCCGCCCCCGUCGUGACCCUAGCGUCGCGCUGCUCCCUGGGGCUGCAAGGUGGGGUCCAGCAAUACACUCACCUGUGCGUGGGGCCACCUGGGUCCUUCCGUCCAGGGUGGCCUAAAGUGACCACAGCUGGGCCAUGGGAACUGCACUCGUGUAUCACGAGGACAUGACAGCGGCCAGGCUGCUCUGGGAGGACCCCGAGUGCGAGAUCGAGUGUCCUGAGCGCCUGACCACCACCCUGGAACGCCUGCGGCAGCGUGGCCUGGAGCAGAGGUGCCUGCGGUUGGCAGCCCGAGAGGCCUCAGAGGCAGAGCUGGGCCUGGUGCACAGCCCAGAGUACGUGGCCUUGUUGCGGGAGACUCAGGCCUUGGGCACGGGAGCGCUCAAGGCCCUGUCUGGACAGUAUGAUGCCGUCUACUUCCAUCCGAGCACCUUCCACUGUGCGCGGCUAGCUGUGGGGGCCGGGCUGCAGCUGGUGGAUGCGGUGCUGACAGGAACUGUGCGCAACGGGCUUGCCCUGGUGAGGCCUCCUGGGCACCACAGCCAGAGGGCUGCUGCCAAUGGAUUCUGCGUGUUCAAUAACGUGGCCAUAGCAGCCAAACACGCUCAGCAGAAACACGGGCUGCACAGGAUCCUCAUCGUGGACUGGGAUAUCCACCAUGGCCAGGGCAUCCAGUACAUCUUCGAGGACGAUCCCAGCGUCCUUUACUUCUCCUGGCACCGCUACGAGCACGGGCGCUGCUGGCCCCACCUGCGGGAGUCUGACGCAGACGCUGUCGGGCGGGGGCCCGGCCGAGGCUUCACAGUCAACCUGCCGUGGAACCAGGUCGGGCUGGGAAAUGCUGACUACGUGGCCGCCUUCCUGCACGUGCUGCUGCCCUUGGCCUUCGAGUUUGACCCUGAACUGGUGCUGGUCUCGGCAGGAUUUGACUCAGCAAUCGGGGAUCCCGAGGGGCAGAUGCAGGCCACACCAGAGUGCUUCGCCCACCUCACGCAGCUGCUGCAGGUGCUAGCUGGUGGCCGGGUCUGCGCCAUGCUGGAGGGCGGCUACCACUUGGAGUCGCUCUCCCUGUCGGUGUGUAUGAUGGUGCAGGCCCUGCUGGGUGAUCCCGCCCCACCCCUGUCGGGACCCAUGGUGCCACAUCACAGCGCCCUGGAGUCCAUCCAGAGUGUGCGGGCAGCCCAGGCCCCUCACUGGACGAGCCUCCAGCAGCAAGACAUGAUGCCUAUCCGGAGUCCCAGCACGUACUCUCCAGAGGGGAGGCCCUCGACUCUGCUGCCUGAGGGGCCCGAAUUCAAGGCUGCAGCAGCCAAGGCCGAGGCAGCACUGAGCUCCCUGCUGGACCAGCUGCGUCUCCAUCCCACGCCCCCUGUCCGCAUGGCCGUUGCCCUGACUGCGCUGGACACUGCCCUUGCCCUGCCCCCUGAUACUCUUCGUCAGGAGGGGUCAGCCCCACAGAAGGAGAUGCAGGCCUGGGCCAGUCUACACGAGGUCCUGGCCAAGGAUGAGACCCUCACUGCACUUGGGAAGGUCCUGCACCUCUUGGACGGGAUCCUGGAUGGGCAGGUGAGCAGCGGCAUUGCAGCCAUCCCGGCCCCUGCUGCAGCUGCCACCCUGGAUGUGGCCAUUCAGCGCGGCCUGUCCCAGGGAUUCCAGAGGCUGCUGUGUGUGGCCGUGGGACAACUGGAUCGGCCCUUGGACCUUGCUGCUGAUGAGAGGAGUCUGUGGCUGAACAUCGGGGGCAAGGAGGCGGCGGCCCUGUCCACAUGCCACAUCUCCGUGCCACUGCCAGAGACAACUGGUGGGUUCCUGAACUGCAUCCUGGCCCUGGUGCUGCCCCUGGCCUAUGGCUUCCAGCCCGACCUGGUGCUGCUGGCACUGGGACCAGCCCAUGGCCUGCAGGAACCCCAGGCUGCACUCCUGGCCGCACUGCUGCGGGUGCCAGCAGGGGGCCGAGUCUUGGCCCUUGUGGAUGAGGUUCAGGAAUCCUCACCCCAGCUUGCUGGGGUCCUGGUCCGGGUGCUGCAUGGAGAGGCACCCCCCAGCCCAGGUCCCUUCUCCAUGGCCUCUCCAGAGGACAUGCAGGCCCUGAGGCACUUAAGAGUCCAACUGGAGCCACAGUGGAAGAUGUUGCAGGUGGCGGGUGAGACUGGGGACAAGGUGCAGGCUGAAUGUUCGGGGCAUUGGGGGCCAGUCCUGCCUUAGAGCUCCAUGGGGAGAGGCGGCAGAGGUCUUAGGGAGUAGGGGGCUGCCCUGAAGCAGCUCAUGUGCUGGCUGGAAAAUUACUGCUUGGAAAUUAGUGCUUGGCUAUCGCCCAUGGGAACAUAACAUUCUAACAAUGAGCCUUCUGCUUCUGUACCCCCGCUUGCACAACCUACCUGUGGGUUGACA